CAGGACCUGGUAGCGACCGCACCGAGCAGCAGAAACUGGCCGGGUAUCCUGAUCUCGCUGCUGGUGAUAGGUGCCAUCAGCUCCCUCAUUGUCACCUGCAUCAUCCUGCUGACGCCGGACGAUCUCGACCCCAGAAUAAGUGGUCAUUUAGUGACACUGGACGAUAUCACUAAAGGGACUUACAUCGUGCCACCAUUUGCCGGCAAAUGGAUUGCAGAUCAGUUGAUAUUCAGGGACGACCACGGUGGAGUCUCUGUCUUCAAUGCGCGAACGCAUCACACUCGCACGCUCGUCAGUAACAGCACAAUGAUACAGACAAAUGCAGACGAAUUUCAAGUUUCUCCAGAUCUGAGAUUCGUUCUUCUCUCCAAAAGCCGUGCCAAGGGCUCUGGUACCGAUCAUGGCACCAAAUAUUGGAUAUGGGGAGUGGAAACAGGCUACAGUGCUCCUCUGCGCAUCGGUUCCGACGGUGGUCACCCUACUGUUCAGUUCGCUCUGUGGAUGCCGGCUGGCGCCGGCGACCAGCUGCGCUCGGCUCUCCUGGUAGCCAAAGAGAACAACCUCUACUACCUACCGCGAGCUGACGGCUCGGAGACGUACCCCAUCACCACCGACGGUCGGCCGGACCUGUUCCACGGCGUCAGCGACCCGCUCCACACAGACCACAUACUGGGCUCGACGGUGGCGUCGUGGCCCUCGCCGGGCGGGAGUCACAUUUUGUACCUCAGUGUGGACGCCGGGGCGGUACGCGGCUGGCCGUACGCGGUGUACGGUACCACCGCCGGUACACCACCCUCCGUGUACACGGUAUCCUGCCCCAGGGCUGGAGACGUUAAUCCGACCCUGCGUGUCACCGUGGUCGAGGUCUCCCGACCGCAACAGAUGAUAAACCACGUGAUCAGUCCUCCACGUCAACUGGGCAGUGGAGCUGCUUACGCAGCAGGUGUGAGAUGGAUGGAUGACGCGCACGUGUCGAUCACGUGGUACAACCGUCGUCAGAACGCCAGCUACGUCAGUCUGUGCACAUCACCGGAGUGGCGGUGCACAUUGCUAUACCAGACGGUGGUGGAGAUGGGCUGGGUGGAGGUCGGGCCCGCCCCAGUGUUCUGCGCCGAUGAUCCAGCCGCCCUGCUGCUUGUGAGAGCUGAGGCGGACGGUGGCCGGCGACGGAUUGUACGGGUAAACAUAACUGCAGGCAGGACGGAAGUCGUCUCUAUAGAAGAUGAUGUUGAAAAAGUGCUCGCCUGUGGCGCUAAAUACAUGUACUACCUGUCGUCUCGGACCGACCGGCCGGGACAGCGGCACCUGUUUCGUAUCCCAGCAAACCUUUCUGCCGCUCCCCACUGCAUGACCUGUGACCUGCCCCGUGACGCCCACCCACCUCUUUCCCACGACUGCCUCCAUCUCGAUGCCCUAUUCACUGAAAACGCUCAGCACUACGCGAUUCUUUGCGAAGGCCCCGCGGUGCCGCACGUCACUGCAACUUCUGUCGGUCGAUCACAGGUGGCGCUGCUGCGCAACAACUCUGCGUUACGCGCGGACGUCGCUGCUGCCAGCCUGGCACCCGUGCGACCAUUGUUUGUGCCGCUGUCUGCGGGAGGCCGGGCGAGUGUGCGUCUCACCGUCCCUCCCCAAUACCGCGAGACAGAUCUUGUGUCAUACUCCCUGCUGGUGCGCGUGGCGUUUGACCCCAGCGAGCCGCCGGGAGCCGACGGGGUCGCCUGGUCAGUCGACUGGCCCGCCUACCUGGCGUCGCAGCGGCAGACCGUUGUCGCCGAUGUGACCCUUCCGGUGCGGUCUACCGGAGAGUGGAGCCCGGCGUCGGAUACCUCCUCUCUGCGCGAGGUGGUUGAGGGUCUUCUCUCUCAGCUGAAAUUUGUUGAUGCACAGCGAGUGGCGGUCGAAGGUCGAGGACUUGGAGCGCUGCUGGCGCUGCGACUUCUGGCGCAGCCGGCGUCUGUCGUCUCCUGUGCAGUGGCCUUUGCGCCCAUCACCUCGUGGCACAGCUAUGGUAAGGACUGAGUGACCCGUACCGGCAUCUGCUGCAUGAUGCGCGUUCCUUAGCA